GUGCCCCUGUUUGUUCCCGGCUCCGUGAAGUCACGUGCUAGAUAGGUAACGUGAUCUACUCCGAGGGGUUGUGCCGAACUUAUCUCCUCUCUUCAAAAGAUCUUUGGUUGGACUAAGGCGCGGGUAGGCUCCCGGAGCAGAAGAGAUCUCGCCCACCCUGUUCCCUUUACCUGGACACUACACACCUUCACCUGCACCACGUUGUCUUCAGGUGUCGUCUGCUACACACAGGUGUGUCGUCUGCCACCAGCAGACGACUUUGCUAACUGGCGUCUGCUCGAGCAGGCCAUAACGUCACCUGCUUUGAAGGUGUCUCCGGUCAAGCAUUAACCACGGAGAGUAAAUUCUGAUCUCAACAAAUCAAGAUGUCGAUGAAAAAUUUAAAAGUCGAUGAACUGGAGGAGAACAUCGAUGAGGUCAAGGAAGUUGUAGAGGACGUCUUCUCGGCGCUUGUCGCCACUGUCGUUGUCUCCUGCAUCAUCCUAUUCGUCAUCCUCCUCCGUGUGUACAUCAGAUGGGGGACGGAAAAUCCCAGCCGCAACAAGAUGGAGGGGAAAACAGUCAUCAUCACAGGCGCCAACACGGGACUGGGCAAGGCCACGGCAAUAGAACUGGCCAAGCGGAAGGCGCGGGUCAUUCUGGGUAUCCGAGACAAGAACAAGGGCGAAGCUGUGGCGAGGAGCAUCAAGAAGAAGACUGGCAAUCAGAAUGUCUUCGCCGAGGUUUUGGACCUCGCCAAUUUGCGAUCCAUCCAGGACUUCGUGUACAGAUUCAACGACAAGGAGAGCGCCCUCCACGUCCUCAUCAACAACGCAGGUUACAUGGGUCCUAAGGCCAGCACCAAUGACGGCAUUGAACGUUGUCUCGGCGUCAACCAUCUCGGCCACUUCUACCUGACGCUAUUACUGAAAGAAAAGCUGAAGAAGUGCGCGCCCAGUCGCGUCAUCAACGUCGUGUCCGACGCCUACCUCAAGGGCAAACUGGACUUCGAGGACUUGGCCAUGACGAAGAGCUACGACAUCUACAAGGCCUACUGCAGAAGCAAACUGGCACAGAUGGUGUUCAGCAUGGAGUGUCACCGCCAUUUCUUCUCAGAUGUCGUUUGCAGUUAUGCUGUCCAUCCCGGUCCAUGCUGCACCGAUUUACUCCGCAACUGGCCCGGGAUGAACGGCAACAUGCUGCGAGCCAUGGCCAGGAUCCUCUUCAAGACGCCAGAAGAAGGAUGCCAGACCAUCGUCUAUUGUGCUGUGGCCGAUAAACUCAGGGAGCACUCGGGAAAACUGUUCGUCAACUGUAAGGCACAGAAAAUGAAGGAAAUUGCAAGAGACAAAACCAGAGGAAGUAAGUUAUGGGCGGUCAGUCUCCAGUUGUGCGGUCUCCCACCAGAGAUCAUGGAGGAAGAGGAGGAAGUUGUUACUCCAGAGAAACCAAAGGACGCAGAUCUCAAGAAGCGCGAGGGAGCUGCCGCGGCGGCCCAAGGGAAAGAAUCCAAACUUCCGGUUCUGGAUCAGGCCAAAGCUGCAGCUGCCGCAGCUGCUAAACAAGAAGCGCCCCCUGUUGCCAAGAAACCUGCCCCAGAACCCCCUGCAAAACCCCAACCUGCCCCAGUUCAAGACCCUGCUCCUUCUUAAAACCACAUCCUGUUUACUACUUCAAUAUUCGUGGACGUGUGGGCAGACAUCUUGAAAAUAGACACGAACCGAGUCGUCUCGAUUUGGAGUAAAGAACGAAGGUUCAAAGGGAUUACCUCCCUUGUAAAUGGUGUGCAUACAUGUCCAAAGUGGAAGUAUUAGGAUACAUCUAUCUAGGGAUGGAGAACAUCUCAGCCUCCCUCACUGCCAAACAAGAUCAAGGUAUUCUGUUUUGUGAUCGUGUUUGACAUUUUCAACAUCGCCCCGAGUCUCGACUCGGACAAUUCCAGCUGGCAGGCACAGCACAGUAGUGCUCCGAUACAUAUCCAUUAUUUAUUGAGUUCCAGGUUGCUGCUUGUGUGGUAGAUAGGAAUAUGUGUGUGGUGACGGCUGAGUGUACGUGACACCAACAGUGAAUCCUUUAAUAUAGGAGUAUUUUGUGAUGACGAUUGGCAAUACCUGAAAUGACAGGUGAUUCCGACUUUAAGAUGCGAGAACUGUGUGGUCACAGUUGGAAAUACGUGACAGCUGGUUCCGCCUUAUAUCUAAUUGUGGUAGUGGCGGACUGGAAUACUGGGCAACAGCGGAUAUCUGAUUUCAACAAAAACUAAACAGUGAACACAAAUGGCUGUUUCAUUUGCUAAAUGUCUCUUAAAUUACAACAUCCCUUUCAGGACAGUCACUUGUUUGACCGUCGCAGAUAUCUUCGUUAUACACCGUAUUCGAAAGAAACGUCAUUCAAAAUAUCCGCCCUAUCAUCUUACACCAAAGAGGGAGAGAAAUACUUUGUUUUGUUAGUGGUAAGCGAGAAGAGGUGAUGACGUCACUUCCGGAGCGAAACUAGGGCGGGGAAUGGGUCGAGGGUAUUUAUCAUACAAACACUGAAUCAGUAUAACAUAGUAUUCCAUGCCAUGAGUUACUUUGUGUUCAAAUACAACAUCAGAGGGUAACGGAAUUAAGAUACGUCGCUACUGUGACGCCAUGUUAAUCACGUCCACUUGUCACGUGAUGCACAUGCUGAAAACUAAAGGACUUUAACUGGCGUGACAUCUGCCAUCAGAACGUCAUCAGCAGGAGCAGCGGAAGCAUCAUUAGACCAUUCCUGGCAGACAACACCAUCACUCUGACAGUAACCUUGGGAAACAUAGGUAUAUCUGUUACCAUGGAUACUUCGUGACAAUAUUCUUGUUACCAUGGAAACGUCAUCGCGAUAUUUCAAGUGCCAAGUGUCAGCGAUAUUUCACGUUCGUGAUAACUUCACUGCAAGAGGUGUAUAUGUAACGAGGAAGUACGAGAGAUGUUUUGUUUCCAUGGAAACCUGGUCACAAGAGAGGUGUUUGUGUUUAGUUCAUGUGCAGUUGACUAGGAACGAAUCUAACUGGAUCUAUUCUUGGACUAUGACGUAUCAAUGACGUCACCAGAUGAUGUUAACUAUGGGUGGACUGUCUACAUCUAAGGAGAAUGGGCCUUUCUUUCAGUGGAACAUUAUCCAACUGUCGUCUGUCAGUCAUCGGCCAUGGAUUUGUCAGACUGUCUGAUGUGGAGCCUGGCUGUGACCUUGUCGUGACCUCUAAAUGACCAUAUCGGAUAAAUUUCUCUUUCCUGAUAGUGAUUCUUUGAUAUUUGAAGGUUGAUCUGUGUUUCUCGUAUGUGAUUUGAUCACGGAUAAGUGAGAUGCUCUCGGAGGUGUGGUAUCUCGUCAUGAAACUUCUGCUGGGAGUUGGUGCUCUUAUCAACAUACCACUUCCCUCACAUCUGGAGAAUAUAAAGGAUAUCACCUGGGGGAAUAUAAAGGAUAUCAUAUGCCUCCCGUGUAUGUAAUGGCGGACAUGGAUUAUGUUUCAGAGAACAGACCGUUUCUAUAGAAAUAUCGUGUAUGAUAUGAAUGAUUGCAGUUUCCGAAUCCUCUACCGCCGAACCACAGCAAUACUUGACUAUAAUGGUAAUUCUAGGUAAAUAACACCUCAAUUAUUUUGCCGAGUCAGCACUUAUGUUCUGCGUUUUCUCGAUAAUGCCAUAAAGAGGUGUUGUGUUUCAUAUCCGAGAUACAACUUGUACCUGGAAAUAGUACUCUGAUUUUAAGUCCCAAUUACGCAUACAAAUGUAUAUUUAUGUACAAGCAUGGUACUGAUUGGCAAGCAUGAAUGGUGACAGAUGCCUCUGGAACACGCCUUCCCUACUUGUGCACGCAGUGCCUUGUUUGAUGGAUAUUUAACUAUACACAAUCCAUAAUCUUGGUAACCACCUCGGCCCUUAACCAUUAACAUUUAGAUCAAACUGCAGCCCUGUAAUCACCAAUAACAAUUUAUGGAUGAUGAUCAUUCUACAUCUCCCGUGACAUAUAAACUAGUCGAUCCAGCAAACUAAUCAAACACGGAUGCAAUCGUCCAGGUAGUCUAUGCAUGUUUCUCAAUUCCAUCCACGUGGACAUGAUAAUUUCAGGAACUAUAUUUCCAGCCCGUGCCUAAUCUUGCCAGAGAACCGUAACGGCCGAUAAUCCAGUAUAUGCAUGCAUUUUCUGUGUUACGUAGCAGGUAUUUGUGUAGGCUCUUGUAAAGAAAACUAUGUAUAGAUAUUUUUGAAUGAUUUACUGAAUUGAUAUUUUGCCUUGUAAUAAAAUGCUGAUUAUU